UCUCAAGUCUGAGGAGGUCUCCGGGGUCCUGGGGGUCUGGCAGUCUCUGCAGGAUUUCAGGAGGUUUAGACGGUUUGAGGGUGUCUGGUUUCUGGAGGUUUUCACAGUCUGAAUCUUUGCAGAGUUCUCAUACUCUGGAGGUUUCUGGAGGUCUCAGGUUCUGUUGGUUUUUAGGUUUUCGUCUCUGAGAAUCAGAAUCUGGAUGAUCAGCAUGUUGGAGCUUCAGCAGGCGGUUCUGCUUGCUCUGCAGGUGUUUACCUGUGCUCAGGUGGGCAGGGCCCAGGAUGACGUCAGCCUUCCAGAGUUCAGUGACGUGUGCACUGAGGGCAGCUGUUACCCAGCAACAGGAGACCUUCUGAUUGGCCGAGCCCACCAACUGUCAUCCACCUCCACCUGUGGACUAGGCCAACCCCAACCGUUCUGCAUCGUCAGCCACCUGCAGGAAGAGAAGAAGUGUUUUGUAUGCGACUCCACGGACCUCUACGACAAGCUGACCGAUCAGCCAAGAGGUCAUCGUAUCGAGAAUGUUGUCACAACGUUUGCUCCGAACCGACUGAAGACCUGGUGGCAGUCUGAGAAUGGUCUGGAGAAUGUUACCGUCCAGCUCAACCUGGAGGCUGAGUUUCACUUCACACACCUCAUCAUGACCUUUAAGACGUUUCGACCUGCUGCCAUGGUGAUUGAGCGGUCGGCUGACUUUGGGAAGACGUGGCAGGUUUAUCGCUACUUCGCCUACGACUGCGAGACUUCUUUCCCGUCCGUUUCCAACGGUCCAAUGCAGAAGGUCGAUGAUGUCAUCUGUGACUCACGUUACUCUGACAUCGAGCCGUCCACUGAAGGAGAGGUGAUUUUCAGAGUUCUGGACCCGGCGUUCAGAAUCGAUGACCCCUACAGCCCCAGAAUCCAAAACAUGUUGAAGAUCACCAACCUGCGGGUGAAGUUCACCAAACUGCACACACUUGGUGACAACCUGCUAGACUCUCGGAUGGAGAUCAAAGAGAAGUAUUACUACGCCAUCUAUGACAUGGUUGUCCGAGGGAACUGCUUCUGUUACGGACACGCUUCCGAGUGUGCCCCCAUCCAGGGAGCCGGGCAGAUCAGGGAGGGCAUGGUUCAUGGUCACUGUAUGUGUAACCACAACACUAAAGGUCUGAACUGUGAACAGUGUCAGGACUUCCAUCACGACCUUCCCUGGAGACCAGCUGAGGGACGCAACACCAACGCCUGCAAGAAGUGCAACUGCAACCAGCACUCGGACUCGUGUCACUUUGAUAUGGCCGUGUUCGUGGCUUCAGGAAACGUCAGUGGAGGAGUUUGUGACGAGUGUAAUCACAACACUGCUGGACACAACUGUGAGCAGUGUAAACCGUUCUACUACCAGCAUCCAGAGCGGGACGUUCGAGACCCCAACAUCUGCCAACCCUGUAACUGCGACCCAGUUGGCUCUCUGAAUGGAGGAAUAUGCGACCGGAUGACAGACGUUCGAGCCGGUCUGAUCGCCGGUCAGUGUCGCUGUAAAGUCAACGUGGAGGGAGAGCGCUGUGAGAGCUGCAAAGAGGCACACUAUGGGCUGAGUGACCAGCCUGAAGGCUGCAAGGCAUGUACCUGCAGUCCCGUGGGAACAGUUCCGGGAGGAAAUCCAUGCGACAGUGAAACAGGAAGUUGCUUCUGUAAACGUCUGGUGACUGGACGGGACUGUGACCAGUGUUUGUCUGAACACUGGGGUCUCAGUAAUGAUAUGGACGGCUGCAGGCCAUGUGACUGUGACCUGGGAGGAGCCAUCAACAACCAGUGUGAUCAGGUGAACGGCCAAUGCGUCUGCAGAGAUCACAUGUUUGGUCGACGCUGUGAUCAGGUUGAAUCGGGAUUCUACUUCAUCGCUCUGGAUCAUUACACGUAUGAGGCUGAGGAUGCGAAGUUUGGACCUGGAGUGACGGUGGUCCCAAGGCCCCACCCUCUUGACCGUAGUCCCACCUGGACAGGUAUUGGUCUGGUCAAUGUCCCAGAGGGGGCCUUUCUGGAGUUCUCUUUGGACAACAUCCCCCACUCCAUGGAGUAUGACAUUAUCAUCCGCUACGAACCUCAGCUGCCUGACCAAUGGGAGGAGGUCCUGAUGACAGUGAUGAGACCCGGACCAAUCAGAGCAGACAGUCGCUGUGUCAACACUGUGCCCGACGACGACAACCAGAUGAUCUCACUUCACCCUGGCUCACGGUACGUGGUUCUUCCUAGACCAGUUUGUUUUGAAUCUGGUCUGAACUACACAAUUCGUCUCAGUCUGCCGCUGUACUCGACCCUCAGUGACGUCCAGUCUCCAUACACACUCAUUGACUCGAUUGUGUUGAUGCCUCACUGUAAGAACCUAGAGAUCUUCACAGCCUCAGAGGGAGGAGACUCCAUCGGGAACAGUGGUUGGGAAACUUUCCAGCGCUAUCGUUGUCUUGAGAACAGCCAGGGCGUCAUCAAAUCUCAGAUGACUGACAUCUGUCAAAACUUCAUCUUUAGCAUCUCCGCCAUGUUGCACCAGGGAGCUAAAGAAUGCCAAUGUGACCCUCAAGGCUCCCUCAGCACAGUGUGUGACCCCAGUGGGGGUCAGUGUCAGUGUCGCCCCAACGUGGUCGGCAGGAACUGUGACAGAUGUGCUCCGACCACAUUCCAGUUUGGACCCAACGGCUGCAGGGCGUGUGAGUGCAACCCUCAGGGUUCACAGAGUUUGUUCUGUGAUCAGCUGAGUGGUCAGUGUGUUUGUGUUGUGGGAGCCUAUGGUCGGCAGUGUGAACGCUGUCUUCCGGGUCACUGGGGCUUCCCCACUUGCCAACCUUGCUCCUGCAAUGGACACACUGACGACUGCGACCCCAACACCGGAGCCUGCACUGACUGCAGGGACCACAGCACCGGACACAACUGUGACAGGUGUUUGGAAGGUUACUACGGCGACCCAGUGCUGGGGUCAGGUGACCACUGUCGCCCCUGCAUGUGUCCUGAUGGGCCAGGCAGCCUGCGGCAGUUCGCAGGAAGUUGUUACCAUGGUGACGACUCACAGCAGGUCAUCUGUGUCUGCAACACUGGAUACAGAGGUGGUCGCUGUGACGAGUGCUCACCUGGUUACUAUGGAAACCCUGGGGAGGUGGGCGGGCAGUGUCAGCCCUGUCAAUGCAAUAACAACAUCGACAUGUUGGACCCGGAGUCCUGCGACGCCGGGACAGGGGAGUGUGUGCGCUGCCUUUAUCACAGCGAAGGCACGGCCUGCCAGAGCUGCAAGCUGGGUUACUAUGGCAACGCCAUGCUGCAGGACUGCAGGAAGUGCAUUUGUAACCAGCUGGGCAGCGAUCCCUCCAGCUGUCCAUCAUCAGGCGACUGUCACUGUGACCGCAGCAGCGGUCAGUGUCACUGCCUCCCCAACGUGAUCGGUCAACAUUGCGACCACUGCGCGUCCGACACCUGGAACAUAGCGAGCAGCAGCGGCUGUCAGACCUGCAGCUGUGACCCCAAACACUCGUACGGGACGUCCUGUAACGAGAUCAGUGGUCAGUGUUCCUGUCUGCCCGGCUUCGGAGGAAGAACAUGCAGCGAGUGUAGAGAGCUGUUCUGGGGAGACCCAGUGAUCAAAUGUCACGCAUGUGACUGUGACCCUCGUGGUAUCUCAGAGCUGCAGUGUAACAAAGCCAGCGGUCACUGUGUCUGUGUGGAUGGUGUUUUCGGUCCACGCUGCGAUGUCUGUGCCCGUGGGUUCUCCGGGACCUUCCCCGACUGCCACCGCUGCCACCAGUGCUUUGCCGAGUGGGACCAAGUCAUCGGUCAGCUGACCAAUCAGACACACCGCCUUGUUAACAAGGUCAAUGCCUUGAAAGCCAGCGGAGUCAGCGGACCAUACAGGAAGUCCAUCAACAGCAUGGAGAGGAGUGUUGCUGACAUCCGGACCAUCCUAAACCAGAACCCGGCCUCCCAACCGCUGACUGAAAUCCAGGAGCUACUCCAACAGGCCAGUGACCUGAUGGGGGCCCUGAGCCUGAUGUUGAACCAUACUGAACAGACUCUGGUCCAGGUGGAGGACUCAGACUCGGCCGUAGAAACUAAAUUGAACUCAGUGACGUCGGACGCUCAGAAACUGGAGCGGACCGUUCAGGAGUUGCUGGAUCAGGUCGAGUUCAUCAAGAACUCAGACAUCAGAGGGGCGACGGACAGCGUUACUAAGUACUUCCUGCAGUCACAGGCAGCUGAAGCUCGAGCAAACACUUCCACCAUCGACUCUGGCAGUGUUGUUGAAACCUCCAGCACUCUACGACAACUCACAGAGGAGAAAAUUAACCAAACCAGAGAGGAGUUCCUGAGGAGACAGACUGAGCAUGCUCACAGACUGGACGACCUGGCUGGAGAGCUGCAGACUCUGGACCUAACAGAGAUCAGCCACAAGACCUGCGGCAGUCCAUCAUCAGGUCAGGACUCGUGUGGGUCCUCUCCCUGCGGAGGUCUGGGCUGUGUAGAUUCUGAGGGUCGGACCAUGUGUGGCGGUGAAGGAUGUGACGGUGUCGUGACGAUGGCCAGCAGCACCUGGAGAAAGGCCAUAGACACUGAACUGGAAAUUCUGAGCGCCGUGGAAGAAGUGGAGAAACUCUCCAAGAUGGUAUCAGAGGCCAAACUGAAAGCAGAUGAGGCGAAGCUGAGUGCUCAGGACGUCCUGAUGAAAACCAACAGAACCAAAAAUAAAGUGGACCAGAGCAACGAGGAGCUGAGAAGUCUCAUCAGACAGAUCAGAGACUUCCUUACACAGGACGCUGCAGACCUGGAGAGCAUCGAGCUUGUGGCUAAUGAGGUCCUGGCCAUGCAGAUGCCAACGACACCAGCUCAGCUGCAGAACCUCACUGACGAGAUCCGACAGAAGGUGGGAGAAUUGGGACACGUGGAGACCAUCCUGCAGCAAAGUGCCGAUGACAUCCAGAAAGCCGAGAACCUGCUGGACCAGGCCCGCCGAGCCAGUGAGGAGGCGAUGGAUGUGAAGGACUCUGCAGAGAAAGUGAAGAGAGCUCUUAAAGAAGCUCAGAGAGCCCAGAACGCCGCCAGCAGUGCUAUCAAGCAGGCUGCCACCGACAUUCACAGCACCAACAACCUGCUGUCCUCUGUGGAGUCAGAGACAACAGAUGCUGAGUUGAAGCUGAAUAACGCCACUCAGAGGCUGCAGCGGCUCGAGCAGGAUGUGAUGCUGCUGAGGGACAAAGCUCUGAACGUCACGCUGAGCACUGAACGAACCAAUCAGGACGCAGCAAGUAUCGAAAAGAUUGCAGAGGAGGUCAAAAAGGACCUGAACUCAGAGCUGAAAGAAAAGUAUUCCUCAGUGGAGCAGCUGGUUAGUCAGAAAGCAGGGGGCGUCACCGAUGCAAAGAAGAGGGCGGAGUCACUGCAGCAGGAAGCCAAAGAGCUGCUGCUAAAGGCCAGCGACAAACUGCAGCUGCUUAAAGAUCUGGAGAAGUCCUACGGAGACAACCAGCGGACUCUGGAAGUGAAGGCGGAGCAGCUGGUGGAGCUGGAGGCUGCAGUCAAGGAGCUGCUGCAGGAGAUCAGCCACAAGGUCACCGUCUACAGCACCUGUUUGUUCUAGGAUUAAAGGUCAUGUCUACACUGUGACCUGUACCAAAACUUAAAGACUUUCAUUCCAAAAGUGUUUGGAUGAAACCAAAGAAAUCGCUCUGCUAAAGAUAUUGAAUGUUUUAAUUUCAGCAGAUUUCCAGAUAAAUGCAGAAUUUGAGCAUUCUUGAACACACCAUCAGGUUUUAAAACUGCUUUACACAAAAAACAGAUGUUCAACAGCUUGUAAAAUGUAACAAAAACAGUAAAAACAAUUAAUUCAGUCCAGCCGGAAGCAGAUUAAACUCAUCCACAUAUAAAGAUGGCAGUCUUCACUUCCUCUCACUGUCCUAAUGAACCAGAAAAUCUGGAUACGGCUGCUGCCAUCUUCCUCCAGGGGGAGAUAGAAAGAGUAAAGCUUAUAGUUCAUGAAGCUGCCAUGUCAGCCAUCUUUAUAUAUGUGGAUGGUUGAAACUGUUCAAACAGAUGAAUUUAAUUGGCUGGUUCUCCUUCAGUUUUAAGCAAACCUUUGUUUAACCAUCAGGAAUGUUUAAAAGUUGGAGUUUUGAGUUAAAAUGAAUGCAAUAAAAUCUAAAUGACUGACUAUCAAUUAUUUGAUUCCAGUUUAAAAGUUAAAAAAUAUGAAACAGUGAAUGUUUAAUCCAUGUGACUGUAACUUUUAAGUUUUUCUAUAUCUACGUGACCAAAACCUUAAACCCAAAUCAAUUUUAAAUAAAAGCUUCCAGGUAAAA